AGGAGGAACACAACACCUCGUACUACCAUGAUAAACAAUGAGAGCGUAAAGGUGACGAAAAGGUAAAUGCGGAGGCGGUUUGGUCGAAGUGAAACUGAUGGGUCGUCGGCAUUCCAAAAACCUAACGACCAGUAUGCAGAAGAAACGACUAGAUUGGGCUAGACGGCAACGAAAUAUGACUGUUGCUGACUGGAAUAGAAUGAGCCUUUCCAACGAAGCAACAUUUGAAAUUUUGGCCGUUAAAAGUUAUUUUGUAAGACGACGCGCUGGUGAACAAUUCCACGCCGAAUGCUUUGUAGAGGGGGUUAAACGUCCGGUUAGUGGCAUGGUGUGUUCAGUCAUCUCAGCCAAAGGGACGGGGCGCCUAUACAUCGUAGAAGAUGCAAUGAGACAAGACCAAUACAAAUGAGUACUAGAAACACGCUUACUGCGGCAGAUAAAGGGAUGGUUCCCUAAUGAUGAAGAAUAUACUUUUACGCAUGCCACAAAGCCAGAAGUGUUACCGUAUACGAGUAUUUGGCCUAAAAAAAUGUCACUGUUUGCCUUGGUCAGGGAAUUCGCCAGACAUGAAUCCUAUGGAAAACAUGUGGGAGCUCACCAAACGGGCGAUUGCAAAAGAAGUUAUUAGCAUUAACCAGCAGUGGAUUGAAACACUUACUAGGGCAUGACAUCACUAUUCCAAAAGAUGCAAAAAUCUGUAUUGGAAGCAUGCCCCGACGCAUGGCAGCUCUUAUUGCAGUGAAA